UGGACAGGGUUCCCUGCAGCAAACAGGUGAGUGGUCGACGCGAGUCCCGCCCGUCUCUCAGGACGCCCACUGGCAAGCGGGCUAAUUAUCCCGGGUACCCUUCGUGAUAAUGGGACGAUUGAGGAGGCAUCGCGCAUUCUUGGGAGCGGCCCAAGGCAAUCGGAAAGCUGGGGAUCGUCCCCUCGGCAAGCAUGGUCCACAAUGGCUUCAGCAAAGUUCGUUGACAUAAAGACGAGGUCAAGGUCCCCUCCUGUUGCGAUCCCAGCAAGGCGGUCCUCUUAAUAGCGCCUAUCCGCAACUUCAGAGCCAGUCUCCUGGUUCCACCACGCCCACCUCACCUCACCUCACCUCCCCUCAGGCCUCUAGUCUAUCGUUAGUUGAGCUCUCUCAACCUCAACAUCACCAUGAGAGCCCAAAGCAUCAUCAAUAAUGUCCUGAGGGCCGUGGUCACCACCUCCAGUCUGGCUGCUGCCAAGCCAGUUUUCCCUCGCUGGACUAUCGGACAGUCGGUGACGACUUCCAGCGGUCCCGUUGCGGGGCACGCUGCUGUUAGCGUCGAACAGGUAUCCGAAUAUUUGGGUAUUCCGUACGCUCAGCCGCCGGUUGGGCCCUUGCGCUUCCAGCCUCCUGUCAAGUUUACCGGUGCUUCUCCUCUCAAUAGCUCCGACUUCGGACACCAGUGCAUGCAGCCGGGAAACGCUCCCACCAGUCUGGAAGCUGUCAUGAAGCUCGGUAUUCCCGCUUCGGCGGUUGAGGUGACCAAAGCGCUGGGUGACACGGGCUCUCAGAGCGAAGACUGCUUGACCUUGAAUGUGUGGACCAAGCCACAGGCCGGCGACUCGAAAAAGGCUGUGCUGGUCUGGGUUCACGGUGGUGCUUUCACCACAGGAAGUUCCCGCAUCCCAGCGUACAACGGAAAGUUCAUUGCAGACCAGAAUGACGUGGUGGUGGUGUCCAUGAACUACCGCCUCAACCUAUUCGGAUUUCCAGGCAACCCGAUCUCCGCCCCAAAUCUUGGAUUCCUCGACAUUCGCCUGGCUAUGGAAUGGGUCCGCGACAAUGUGGAGAAGUUUGGCGGCGACGUCAACAGAAUCACUAUCUUUGGUCAAUCCGCCGGGGGCUCCUUGGUCGACUACUACUCUUACGCAUACGCGUCCGACCCCAUCGCCAGUGGUUUUAUCCCCAUGAGUGGCACGGCUACUGGAUUCGGUAUCUUCACAAACCAGACUGUGAACGAGAAGUGGUUCAACGUCACGUCAUCGGUCGGUUGCGGUAACAACUUGACCGAUCCCAAGGUGGUCACUGACUGCAUGCUCAACAAGCCCGCCACGGAUCUUCUCUCGGGUCUUUCCUCGCAAGAUGCCGGAAUUGCUUCUGCUGGAGGGCUCUCUUUCGCUCCUGUGGUAGACGAUCGUCUUAUUUUUGCCGAUUACAGCAUCCGCGACUCGGCCAAGGCAGGGUAUCUCAUCGGUAACACUGAGAACGAGGCUGGUCUCUUCAAGAUCGGGGCCCCUGACCUCAAUGAGACGUACUGGUUUGGAUUCAACCUUGUCGCUUUCAGCUGUCCCGCUGCCAGAAGAGCCGCGCGGGCCGUCUCCGCGGGCCACCCGACAUGGCGAUACCGUUAUUUCGGCGACUUCCCCAACCUUGCCCUCACAACGACGCCGCCCAGUGGAGCAUGGCACGCAUCUGAGCUCCCUGUCCUUUUUGACACCGUGCCCCAGACGGCAAACAAUAGCACAGCGCAGGAGAAUGCCGUGGGCAAGUACAUGCGUGGUGCGUGGGCCGCCUUCGCAAAGGACCCAGUGUCGGGUCUCCUCAACUACAACUGCCACGGCACGUGGCCCAACUACCAGGCCGAUGGUAAUACUCUGAACCGCAUCUCAUUCCAGAACCAGACGGGCGCCGACUUGGCUCAGGGCGACUCUUAUGACGGCUUCUGCGCGCAAGUAGGAAUACCCGUCGCUUGAGGUCUCGGCAAUCGGCUCUCAGCAGGAAGCUUGAAACGCAACGAACUCUUAUGAAGCCAUAAAAUAUUCUACCAUUUGCAAGAUACCAUUUUUAAUAUACCCAAAACGUAUUUUCUUAUCUCA